AUGCAUCGCUCGUCGUUUGCACCCCCUCCGGCCCAGUCGCCUCCCCUCCACCACCCCAUCCCUCAGCAUGUCUCUACAGUUCCGAUGAUGCGGUCGCCGCCGCCGCCGGUCUCCCAGCAGUCACAGCAAGGGCAGCAGCAGCAGCCCGGAUACAACAACCCCUACCAGCCAAACCCAGCCCAGGGCGGCGGCGGGCAGUUUACCCCUGGGUUCGGAGGCUUCAUGUCAGAUCCGGCUGCCCAGAUGAGCUUCCAGGUUGGGAAGAGCGCGGUGAUGGCCGGCCAGGAGUAUAUGGAGCAGAAUUUAAACCGCUAUGUGUCGAUUCCUGCUCUAAAACACUACUUCAAUGUGUCCAAUUCAUACGUCCUCAAGAAGCUGGCUCUCGUCCUCUUCCCCUGGAGGCACAAGCCGUGGUUCCGCCAGCAGGGCCGCAUGGCCGGGGCGGCAUCGGCGAGCGGCCAGAUCAGCCAGGCCCAGUACACGUCAAUGUACCUCCCUCCCCGCGACGACGUGAACUCGCCCGACAUGUAUAUUCCGGCAAUGGCCCUGGUCACAUACAUCCUGCUCUCGGCGGUACUCGCUGGUCUACGGGGCAACUUUCACCCUGAAAUACUGCGUUCGAUCACGUUUAUUGCUCUGGCCGUUGUGAUAUUUGAGAUCGUCUGUCUGAAGGUCGCCAUGUAUAUUCUCAAUAUCAACAACGACUCCCAGCUGCUCGACCUGGUCGCGUACUCGGGGUACAAGUUUGUCGGUAUCAUAGUGACGCUGAGUGCGUCUGAGAUGCUGACGCCCGGCCAAGGCACCGGAGGCUGGGUGGGCUGGACGGUGUUCAUCUAUACCUUCCUUGCCAACGCAUUUUUCCUCCUCCGAUCGCUAAAAUACGUCCUCCUACCGGACUCGUCUACCGACGCAGCCAUGCGCGGCGGGGCCAUGCCGACCGUGGCCCGAUCGCAGCGCAACAGGCGGACUCAGUUCCUCUUUAUCUACUCGUACAUGAUCCAGUUUGUGUUCAUGUGGAUUCUCAGCAGACAAGGGCCCGUCCCCUCGGCCGCCCCUCCAAAGGUUCCCACGCCAGGGACCGUAUUAUAA